AGUUAUUGACUUAUCGCAGUCAUUGCAGAGGGAACAUCGCGUGGAGCUGCACGAAGUCGAAACCAGGGAGACCCAAACUGUCACAGACAUACAAAACAGACAGAAAAUGAGAAUCACAAAAGAGAACCAGCUUUCACACAAAACAACCCAACACCACCAACCCCAAGGACAAGAAAGUUCUCUUUUCCCCUCGUUCCCCUGAAAAGUUUGUGCUGAAACAAGCCAAACAAGAACCCCAACCUGUCUCUCUCUCUUUUUCCUCGUAGAUCCGCUUCUUUGCCGAAGGGCCCUUUUUGCUUUAAUGAAGGAGCUGAUGGUGGGAUCCAUGAAGAUUUCUGGGUCGUCCUUGUUUUCCUGUCUAAUGGGUUCUCUUUGGUGAAUCUCUCCAUUUCUUGGUUGGUUUUGGCAGGUGGUUUGUUUGUGAAGCUAGGGCUUUUCAAUUCCUUUUUGGUUGUUGUAUGCUGAGAUGCAAUCGGGUAGCUCUGAGUCCUUGAGUCCGAUAACCCACCGGGUUCUGUCUUUGUCAGCCUCUCAGUCCUUGUCAACCACUGAUACGAGAGGAAAACAUCGGGUACUGGCAGAACUGAAACGUCUCGAACAGGAAGCUAGAUUCUUAGAGGAGGAGCUGGAACAGCUUGAAAAGAUGGAGAAGGCCUCGGCUGCAUGCAAGGAAAUGCUGAGCAAUGUGGAAACAAGACCUGAUCCUUUGCUACCAGUGACAAAUGGCCCAAUAAAUCCAUUUUGGGAUCGAUGGUUUGAGGGCCCACAAGAUUCAAAAGGUUGCAGAUGCUGGAUACUGUGAUGGUCAUCGCUGAUCUCAGAAUUUACUUCAAGUAUGAGAUACUGGCACUGGCAGAGGGUUUAACUUACAAACAUGUCGGUCUUAGAACAAAAUUUUCUUUUCAUUCGUUUGUUACAAAUUAAGGAGAAUACUGUCAUUGGCAAAUGUUUAGUCGAAUGCUUCCUUGUGCAUAUGAGUACUUUAUAGCAAAAAGCUUCUUUGUUGGCAAAUGAUUCGUAAAAUGCUUGAUGGUACAGAUGACAAUUGCAAUGCACUUUUUUCCCCUCGUGAA